CAAAAGUGGGUAUACAAAAUACAAAUAUUACCAAUACAGCAAGACCUGUCUCACUUCAAUACAAUCAGACCUUUCUCUACAAACCCAAAACUCUGCGAUCAUGGUUCUCGAGGCGACUAUGAUAUGCGUCGACAACUCAGAAUGGAUGCGAAACGGUGAUUACUCACCUUCUCGAUUCCAAGCUCAAGCUGAUGCUAUCAAUCUCAUCUGUGGUGCCAAAACCCAGGCCAAUCCGGAAAACACAGUUGGGGUGUUGACAAUGGCGGGCAAAGGGGUUCGUGUAUUGGCUACACCCACUUCUGAUCUCGGCAGGAUUUUGGCUUGCAUGCACGGUCUGGAAAUGGGGGGAGAGAUGAACAUAACAUCUGCGAUCCAGGUUGCUCAGUUGGCUCUUAAGCAUCGACAAAACAAAAAUCAACAGCAAAGGAUCAUAGUUUUUGCUGGAAGUCCUGUCAAAUAUGAAAAGAAGGUUUUAGAAAUGAUUGGGAAGAAAUUGAAGAAGAACAGUGUUGCUCUUGAUAUCAUCGAUUUUGGAGAAGAUGAUGAUGAUGAUGGAAAGCCAGAGAAGCUGGAGGCCCUUCUUUCUGCUGUUAACAAUAAUGACAGCAGUCAUUUAGUACAUGUUCCUCCUGGUCCAGAUGCUCUCUCUGAUGUUCUUAUAAGUUCACCUGUAUUCACCGGUGAUGGAGAAGGAGGAAGUGGCUUUGCAGUGGCGGCUGCAGCAGCUACUGCUGCUGCUAUCGGUGGUUCUUCCGGCUAUGAUUUUGAUGUAGAUCCUAACAUAGAUCCGGAGCUUGCUCUUGCUCUGAGAGUUUCUAUGGAAGAGGAAAGGGCAAGGCAAGAAGCUGCUGCCAAAAGAUCGGCUGACGAAGCUAGUAGACAAGGAGAGGAACCACCAUCCAAAUCUGAGGAUGUAAUUAUGACAGAAAGUGGUGAUGUUUCAGUUCCGAACGAGGAUAAGAAACCUACUAAUGAUAUGGUUGACGAGAACGACUUGCUAAAGCAGGCCCUUGCAAUGUCAAUGAAUAUGUCUGGAUCUGGUAAUUCAGCAGGUGAUGCUGAGAUGUCGGAGGCAACUAGUGCAGAUCCGGAGCUGGCUCUAGCUCUUCAAAUGUCCAUGCAGGACAGUGCAGGUGAACCAUCAUCCCAGUCAGAUGUGAACAAGGUGUUGGAGGACCAGUCCUUUCUUUCAUCUAUCCUUGAAUCUCUUCCAGGAGUUGACCCUAAUGAUCCUUCAGUGAAAGAGCUUCUUGCAUCUCUGAAGAAUCAGUCCAAAGAAAAGGAUGAAGGAGGUCCAUCAAAGGAGGACAAGUGAAGAUGUGGUACCUUGUUUGCUUUAAGCCUUGUUGAUUUAUCUAGAAACAUUUGGUUAUUCUGUUGCUGAUAAAGAGAUAUCUUUAGUGCUCUCCUAUUUAUUUUGGGAAGAUGAUACAAGAACAGAUGCAGAAUAGGAUUUUUAGAGAUUAUUAGAAGUUAAUGAAAUUAUGCUGCAUUUCCACUCAUGUUGCAUGGAAUGUAAGCAAUAGCAUGAACUCCGCCAAACUCAUGUCAUAUUUAAGUUAUUUUAUUGAGGUAAAGUCUUGUUCACUCUUUCAAUAC